AAAACCCGGCAGCCUGGGGAGGGCAGUAGCAGAGCGCGAGGAGGUGACACGGCAGGAGGAGCUGGAGCGCUGAGGUUGGCAGUUUCCCUGGUUCCUCCUGGCGGAUUACACGGCGGGGGGAAGCAAAUGCACCGAGGAGGCGAGGUGGGCGCUGAGCAGUCGCCUCUGCAGCUGAAGGCUCAAAGCAGCCUCUCUCCAGGGGGAGACUUUGCACCAGUUUAGCCGCACGUCCGGCACAGGAGGCAGACAGGCGGGGUGCGCUGUUUGGAGACGGGGGUGACUAGCUGGGGGAGAGGAAUCCUUUCCAGCCAUGCUCAGGCUGGGCUCCAGGGCGACGCAGACAGGACCUUGGCUCCCUACCCUACCGUGAAGGCUCCUAUGGGGGAUUUCCCGUCUGCUGGGAGGCGCAGCCCGGUGGCCAGGUGGCCCCAGCCCCGAUGGAGCCGGAGGAGAGGAAGAUCUCGGUGUGGCUCUGCCAGGAGGAGAAGUUGAUCUCUGGCCUCUCCAGACGCACCACUUGCUCCGACGUGGUGCGGGUGGUGCUGGAGGACAACAGCCAGCGGCAGCAGCUGCCCACCCUGCAGGAUUCCGGCGCGGGGAUGCUCUCGGGACCCCCCGAGUCCUACUGCAUCGUGGAGAAGUGGAGGGGCUUCGAGAGGAUCCUGCCCAACAAGACCAAGAUCCUGAGGCUCUGGGCUGCCUGGGGGGACGAGCAGGAGAACGUCCGAUUCGUGCUGGUCCGCAGCGAGGCGUCCCUGCCCAACACGGGGCCCCGCAGCGCCGAGGCCAGGGUGGUGCUGAGCAAGGAGCGCCCCUGCCAUGGCCUCGGGGCGGCCCGGGCCAGCCUGGCGCUCACGCAGGAGAAGCAGCGCCGGGUGGUGAGAAAAGCCUUCCGGAAACUGGCCAAGAUCAACAAGAAGCGGCAGCAGCCGCUGGCCAAGGAGGCGUCCUCGGCGGAGAGGAUGGAGACCCUGGUGCACCUGGUGCUGUCGCAGGACCACACCAUCCGCCAGCAGAUCCAGCGGCUCCGGGAGCUGGACCGGGAGAUCGACAGGUACGAGGCUAAGAUCCAUCUGGACCGCAUGAAGCGGCACGGCGUGAACUACGUGCAGGACACCUACUUGGUGGGGGCCAGCAGCUGCGAGCUGGAGGCGAGCCGGGAGCUGGAGCCGGGCCCGGGCCCGGACGGGGCGGCCGGGCAGCUGGAGGAGUACGCCAGGAAGUGCGAGGAGGUGCUGCAGCUGCAGGAGCAGCGGACGCGGCAGGAAGAGCUGCUGGAGCACCUGGCUGGCGAGAUCCAGGAGGAGCUGAACGAGCGUUGGAUGAAGCGGCGCCGGGAGGAGCUGGCCGCGGCCAAGGGCUCCAGUUCCAGCCUGUCCGAGCCCGAGUGCAACACCAUGGAGCUGAGCGGCGGGGCCGGCAGCGAGCUCCACGUGGAGCAGGAGCGCGUGAAGACCCAGCUGAGCACCAGCCUCUACAUCGGGCUCCGGCUGAGCACGGACUUAGAGGCGAUCAAAACGGAUCUGGAUUACACGCAACGCGCCCGCGAGGACAAGGAGCGGGAGCUGCAGCGCCUGCUCGAGACGCUGAACACUUUGGACUUCGCGGACACCCAGACGGCAGCUCAGAUCCUCCUCCCCGAGGAGCGCGCUCCCGGCGGCCCUGCCUUACACGAGGCUGGGCUGGGGGCUCCCGUGGGCAGCUCAGACGUCUGGGAGGGCCAGGCUAGGGGGCGGUGCAAGGACUGCGAGGAGAACGAUGAGGACUCGGAUACAGGACUGAGCUCCAUGCACAGCCAGGACUCUGACUCUGUCCCAGUCUGUGAAUCGCUUGUAUAGCGGCCUCCUUCCUUCAGUAAAAUAAGCUCAGGGACCCACAGCGAAAUCCAAACUUGUGCUUCCUCCUUGGCACUCUUAGAAUACAACUAUCCAUUUUCACAUCCGCCAGCAGAAGAGAUCCUAGAGGGGACUCCUGUGAUAUAUUUCCAUUAGAACAAAAAUGUGUGGGUUUUGUUGUUGUUCUAUCCUUUUGGGGAGGAGGGGGACCACUUUAAAAUCCAGAUGCCAGUUAGUGCCAUAUUAUGGUAAUUUAUGCAAACUGAUGAUGACCAGUUAUCUGGGGAUAACAUAAGCUAAUGGUAAACUACACAGUUGAAGAAUUAAAUGGAUUACAUCAUACAAUGUUGAUUCUACAGAAAGACUAUACCUGCAUUUUGCUGCAUAGCAACUGUUGGAAAGGAGGUUUGUUGUAGUAGGUACUGUAAGGAAAGAGUUGGGUUGGGGGGGGGGGGAGAGCUUACACUGUAAAAUGCACUCAUAAAAAGGAAAUACGCUGAAUCUGAAUUGUGGCUUAAGUUUAAACUUGUUAAAACUAGUCAUCAGCAGACACUUUUUAGUCUGUCUCCUCACUACUUUCAUCUUUUAGAAAAAACACACACACAAUGUUUGCAUUUCAUUCAGUAUUGGAAUUACCUGUUUCCUAAAUUCCUGCCUUUUAUUUCACCUCAAGGGUGUUCUUGAAUGGAACCCUUAAUCCUAUAUUUCUCCAAAGCAAAUACAGUCCAGUAUAGGUUUCUUUACAUAGUCUUUUUGUUGGAAUGCUGGAACAUAUAUUCUCUAAUUGAAACAAAAAUUCAGCACCUUUAUAUUUCCUCAGUAUUGCAAGUCAACUGUUUGCUACAGUAUUUGCCACUUAAGAAUUCAGUAGGUUCCUCUUAGACAAAAAUAAAAGAAAAGUUGAAAGUGCAGAACUAAAGUUCAGGGUGAUUGAAAAAUUAGUAAACAGGACAUCUGUCAGUAUGUUUGACAUGGAUGCCAGUUUGUCCUAAUAUAUGAGCUUUUGAAAUAUAUUGACUAUGGUUUUUGCCAUAAAAAGUGAUAAUAAAUCAUUAAACUAAGAACUGAACAAACUAAACAAAUAUAAAUUAGCAUGCAGUAUCAGCACUCAGCCGUGAAUGAUGCAUGUUCCCAUGCAUAGAUAACAGCACGUUUGUUGACAGAUAAUUUAAGAGAAGUUGUAAAUAUAAAUGUUCACUAGAUUAAUUUAAAACAGUAAUUAACACAGCCUGGUCUCUUCAAAUAUAUUUUCUUUAUCAGGUUAGUUGAUGGUCUGCUGAGUUUAGUAAUAGAUAAAUUACUGCAUCAGCUUAAGCUACCAUUUCUAAUAUGCAGUUCAAUUCAGGCUAGCUCAGAAUCUAGAGAUCUGAUGCCCAAAGUAUAACUCAAGCUUGCUACAGUACAGCUGGGUGAAAUAAUUUAAUCUCAAGUUAUUCCAGUGAAAAGGUACAGUAUCAGGUGUAAUAUGUAUUUCAAUUAACUGGACUGCCAAAUUUUCCUUUGCAGCUUAACCAAUGUCGGGUAUACUCUUACAAUAACGAGUAUUAAUGGUUUGUGUAUGGGAGAAGUGUUACUGUAAUCAGUUUAAUGAUAAAAGAUCAGAGAAUGUUCAAUAAGGUCUGAUUGACACAACAUUUUAGAAGAACUCUGACGACAGGAUAUCUAUGAACAUUUGCUUUUAAGUUAUAAGAAAGUAUAAAAGUAGAUGUGUCAUGGACCAGGAUCCUCAGUCUGUGUACAUUUGUGUAGUUCAAUGAACUCAGCAGAACUACACUGAUUUACAGCAGCUGAUAUUGGGGGGAGGGUGUUUUCCAAAGAGAAGUGUUGCUCUUUAACAGUGUUACCAUUGGGAAUCAUACUGAACAGCAGAAAAAUAGCUACAGCAUUAAAUCAAUUUAAAAAUAAACUAGUAAUAUACGUGUAAGUAAAAAAGCUCUAAAAUUUCCAUUAAUGCCAUUAUUAUUGAUAAAUUAUACUGAAAUAAGUGGUCUUCAUAACAUUUUUAAAAGUCUGAUUAUAAAAUUAUGGUUUUUGUAUUUUAGGUGGGCUUGGAAAAUAUUUGCAUACCUGUUUAAAGCCUAAUAAAAUGCUAGAAGAUGAAAUAAGAAAAAUGAGUGUCCCCAGAUUGCAAUUUGAUCACAAAAUAUCAGCAUUGGUUCUCCAUAGCCAUGCAUCUUGGGAGUCAUUUAUCCCAGUGCAAAGUGAGUGAUAAGAUUUUUAUCCUUACUCUGUAUGGAGUAAAUGAUUCUACAAAGUAAAAGGCAAUGGGGAAUCAGCCCCAUCAUGUCUAACAUCAAUAGGCUGAGUUUGGAGAUGUUUGGAAAUGCUCACAAAUGUACACUAGGGAUCUAGCUCACUUGCAAUUCAAAGAAUUUUUAUGAACCUAGAUCUGAGGACUUUAAUGGAGGUGGGGGUCAAGUCAAGAGCAGGGGCUAUGUGGUUUUGCUAUAUUGUUUUUACCAUUGCGGACGAAAUUGAGCAAGUGACUAUAGACUGCCUCUCCAGUGAGUGGCUGAUGUAAGUAGUAAACUUCUCCAGUGAGCAUCAAGUAGCUUUACGUAAGCUCUCCUAUUAGCCAUACCAAGCAAAUAAAAAGGAAACCACAUUAUAGAAAUAAGUUGCAACAGGCCUUGAAUUAUUAUGCUAUUGAUACUCACCUCAGGUAUGUUGUGAGCAUGAGGCCAAAGCACCAAAGACAGGAAAUUCAGAGUUGUUCAUAGAGAAGCAAAUUCUUCCUAUUUUUCCUGGAUCUGGAGGGCUCUUUCUGCAGCAGAAUUAUUGCAGUUUCAGUGCACAGGGGGAUACUAUUCCAGAAGCCUGUGCAGUCUGCACCCGAGGCAUCUCAGCACCCACGGGUCAUUGGAGGAACAUUAGGGCUGAUAGGUCUGGAUUCUCCUGUAGGGAUUGGGAUGUUAUUGCUGUAGAUGGCACUGCAGUCCUGAAGUUACAGUAGGGGCUGCAGUGAUUUGAAUGUUCUUACAUCUAAAAAAAACACAUACAUCUACUUAAUAGUGUUUAAACAGUGGUAUAUGCAACUGCAUUGAUUUCCGUUUCCAUCUCUAUUUGCAAUUUGUAUUUAUGCGUAUUUGCAGUUCUCUGUCUUUAGAACACUAUUCAAAAGUUAGUAGGAAAGAGGAAAUUACUGUUUGUGCUGGAUCAGGGUGCUUUUCCGUUCCCAUCCUCUUUUGUGCUUGUGCAUCCUUGACUGGCUACUAAAGACAAACGAUGACCCAAUGUAUGGGUUUGAGUGGAAUUUGGCCCCGAGUGCUCAGCCAGAUCAUUGAAUAUUGAUCAACUGCUGUCAGUAAUAUAGAAGAGUAGGAUUCUACCACUUGCUGUAUACAUUAUAAGACCAGAGAUAUAGGUAAGCAGCAGAAAAAGUGUAUUUAUUACUACCUAUUGACAGAGAAAUGAUAGUAUUUUACCUCUCCAAACUCCAUAAUCUACCUGAAAGCUCUAGAUUCUGACACUUGUCACUUCAGUUUUUUGUAUCCCAUUCUCUAGAAUCCCAUUUUCCAUGUUCUUCCUCCCAUGUUCAUCUUACAUGGAAGCAUUAGAAGCAAGAUUAAAUAAAAAGCUAACUCCAUUAAGAACCCUGCUUUAGCUACCUCAGUUUAUAGCACUGCAUGGCUCCAAAUAGUCAAAGCCUUAUACGCUUCUCCAAAGAACUGUUAGGGGCCAAGGCCAGCUGGC